GUUUUUACCUUGUGCAGAUGAUACAAAUUCCUUCAACGUAUAUUCCCAGAAAAUUGUCUCUCUGAGCAAAAACCCUAGAAAAAUCCUAAUCUCCGUCUAUCAGAAAAGGAUGACUGGUCCGAACACUGUUUCAGGUGAUGAACAUCGUUCGGACAUCGAUGAGAGCAAAGUCAAAGCACCAAACAUGUUCGAACGAGCCAAAGAAGAGAUCGAUGCUGUUAUUGGUGCUAUUCAUCAACGCAAGAGUUCCAAGGACGAAUCUGAUAAGAUGGAAUUCAAAUCCGAGAAAGAAGAAGAUGGGAAGAAGAAACCGAAUGUGAUCAGAAAGGCCAAGGAAGAAAUCAAAUCUCUGUUCCAUUCCAAGGAGAAACCUCAUCGACAUCAUCACCAUCAGCAUCACAAAGAAACUCAUGGAAGGAGUGAUGAUAUCGAUGAGAACACGCCCGUGAAUGAAGUGAAAGCUCCUAAUGUUUUCGAGAGAGUUAAUGAAGAAAUUGAGGCCGUCAUUGAAAACAUCCAUCCCAAGAAGAAUGAGGUUGACGGUUCUGUUUCUCCUAAGCGUUCUCGGUCUGUCUCACCGGAGAAGGAAAGAGCUGGACUCGGAUGCUCUCUUGGAAAGGGGUUGGAAAAGAUUUGUUCUCCUUGGGGUAGUAAUAAAAAAGACUGAAGUGUUUAUAUGAUUGAUCAUCAUGAACUUGUUUCCUAGUUGUUGUGAUAAGAUUUGGUUGAGUUUCAGUGAGUUUGUUGAUUUGUAGGUACUCUGAAUUGUUAUCCUAAUAGACCAAAUCUUGUUUUAUUCUUGUUUCAGUCUUAGCUUGUUUGUGGAUGUUAUGGGUAUAACUCUGUUCCUACAAAAUCUCAGACAUAUUAUUCAGAUUUUCAAAGUUCC